CAAGAUAACUCCUCUCUCCCCCGAACACCAUUUCCCAUAAUCCUCCACGAUAGCUUUGACAACCAGUGGAGAAUCCAAAAUGGGGCUCGAAAGUACUAUGGUUUGUGUGGAUAACAGUGAAUACAUGCGCAAUGGAGACUUCAUGCCCACAAGACUACAAGCCCAACAGGACGCAGUGAAUAUCGUCUGUCACUCAAAGACCCGCAGCAACCCAGAGAACAACGUGGGCCUCAUUACUAUGGCCGACAAUUGCGAAGUGCUGACCACGUUGACUCCAGACACGGGAAGGAUUCUGUCCAAGCUGCACGCUGUCCAGCCCCGUGGAAACAUCUGCUUCUGCACAGGCAUCAGGGUGGCACAUCUUGCUCUGAAGCACAGACAGGGGAAAAACCACAAGAUGCGCAUCAUUGCAUUUGUUGGCAGUCCAGUUGAAGACAACGAGAAGGAUUUGAUUAAAAUGGCCAAGCGUCUCAAAAAGGAAAAGGUCAAUGUGGAUAUCAUAAACUUUGGAGAGGAGGAGAUUAACACAGAGAAGCUGACUACCUUCAUAAACACCCUGAAUGGAAAAGAGGGAGCGGGAUCUCACCUGGUUACCGUUCCUCCAGGGCCCAGCCUGGCCGAUGCUCUCCUUUCCUCACCCAUCUUGGCCGGGGAGGGCGGUGCUAUCCUCGGCCUUGGGGCCAGUGACUUUGAGUUUGGAGUGGAUCCAAGCGCAGACCCUGAACUGGCCUUGGCCUUGAGAGUAUCUAUGGAGGAGCAGAGGCAGAGACAGGAGGACGAGGCCCGUAGAGCUUCUGUGGUGUCUGCUGCUGAGGCCGGGGUGCCCUCCCCUGCAGACGAGAGUGAGGAGGCCCUGCUGAAGAUGUCUGUCACUCAGACGGACACGGCCACACCUGCUCUGCCUGACUUCAGCCGCAUGACGGAGGACGAGCAGAUCGCAUAUGCACUGCAGAUGUCCAUGCAGGGGGGAGAGAUUGGAGGUGAGGACAUGGACACUGGGGCUGACAUGGAAUCCACUGAGGCCAAGGAUGAGGAGGACUACGAUGUCAUGCAAGACCCAGAGUUUCUUCAGAGUGUCUUAGAAAAUCUCCCUGGAGUGGACCCCAAUAACGAAGCCAUCCGCAAUGCAAUGGGUUCUCUUGCCCCCCAAACAGGGUCAAAACCUGACGCCAAGAAGGAUGAGGAAAGCAAUAAAUAAAGAGUGUAGGACUAAUAAACAAAAUAAGGCCAGGUGUAAUUUUAUUUCAGUUUAACCGAUUAACCUGAACUCACUUGACAAGGCAUUCUGUACAACCAUAAACUUCAUGUCAACUUCCUUCAAUAUUUUUCUAUUUGAAACAUGUGUGACACAUUAGUGUGCGUGAGUUUAUUUGUGCAUGUUUGUGUCUGGACAUAAUUGAGGCUUUUGUAUUGCGAUGACUGCAACAACUACUUAAUAAACGUACAAUAUGAAAAUUGCCA